GGGGCCCGGGCAGCGCCGCUCCCGCCGCCCCUCCGUGACGGGCCGCCCCGCGCUCCGGAGCGGACAGCUGCUUAGCACAAGCUGAUUUGCCCUGUACGGCUGUUAUGUACUUCAGAAUAACUGUGGCUGAGUGAACAGAGGGAACGUACACAUCCAGUUCCAAAAUCUACCUGAGAAAAUAGAUUAUAUCCCCUGUUUGCCUUGGAUUAAUGAGAUUUCCUUAUGUGGUCGAGUAGGUGUGUUUAUUUCAGCCUUAAAAUUGCUGGUGCAAAUCCUUGCUAUGGCAUCUGUGGCUUCACCGGUUAUAUUUAAGGAAUUUUGUCCCUUAUAUUAUCUCCUCAAUGCCAUUCCUACAAAGAUCCAGAAAGGCUUUCGCUCUAUUGUGGUGUAUCUCACAGCACUUGAUACCAAUGGAGACUACAUUGCUGUGGGGAGCAGCAUUGGGAUGCUUUAUCUCUACUGCAGACAAUUAAACCAGAUGAAAAAAUACAAUUUUGAGGGGAAGUGUGAAUCUAUUACUUUUGUAAAGCUGCUGAGUUGUUUUGAUGAUCUGGUUGCUGUUGGUACAGCCUCAGGUCGGGUUGCAGUUUUUCAGCUUGUGUCUUCAUUACCUGGAAGAAACAAACAGCUCCGGAGAUUUGAUGUUGCUGGCAUCCACAAAAGUAGCAUUACAGCUUUAGCUUGGAGUCCCAAUGGAAUGAAAUUAUUCUCUGGAGAUGACAAAGGAAAGAUUGUCUACUCUGCCCUAGACCUAGACCAGGGUAUUUGCAACUCCAGCCUUGUAUUGGAAGAGCCAUCUUCGAUUGUCCAGUUGGAUUACAACCAGAAGGUGCUGCUUGUCUCUACUUUACAACGCACUCUACUUUUUUACACAGAAGAGAAAUCCGUCAACCAAGUUGGAACACAGCCCAGAAAAAACACUGGCAAGUUUGGAGCAUGUUUUAUACCUGGCCUGUGUAAACAGAGUGACCUGACACUAUUUGCUGCCAGACCUGGGCUUCGUCUCUGGAAGUCUGAUGUUCACGGAACUGUUCAGGCCACAUUCAUAUUAAAAGAUGUAUUUGCUGGAGGGAUAAAAACUUUUGAACUGUAUCCUCGUUUGGAACCACCUGACAGAGGAAGUUACAGCUCUCCAGAGAAACACUUUGGGCUUGUUUCGUGUUUUUUCCGAGAAGGAUGGGUGCUGACCUGGAAUGAAUACAGCAUCUACUUGCUAGACACUGUGAACCAGGCUUUGAUUGGUGGCUUGGAAGGAUAUGGUGAUAUUGUGUCUGUGUCCUGUACCAACAAUGAGAUUUUUCUCUUAAAGGGAGAUAGAGACAUAAUAAGAAUUUCAAGUAGACCUGAAGGACUGUCAUCAAUAGAUACGAGUCCUAAAUUGCUGACCCCAUCAUCAGUAGUUUCAUCUGUAUCAUCCAGCCCUUCAGUGGAAACAGAUAAAAAAAUGGUUACUUCCCUUUUGGUUGCUGGUGAUAAAAAUGGUUCUUCGGUGAAAGAUGAUCUGGAAACUCCAACGCUGUCUGAGAAAAGUUUUGAUAGAAUGGGAGACUUGAGCAAUGAAAUGAGAAAAAGGGGCUGCUCUGUAGUAAGUGAAUCACGAAGCAGGAGCAGUUCUGUGAACUCUGUGGACAGUGGCUCGAGCUUUAUGAUGUGUGCAGACCAACUUUCAGAAGCUCAGAGAGAAGGUCAACUUUCUUCACAACGGUUCAGCACCAUCAGCUCUGAAGAUUUUGAUCAAGAACUCAUUGUAAAGCCAAUUAAAGUGAAAAAGAAAAGAAAGAAGAAACAGGAAAGUGGGACAAGGAAAAACCACAGCUCUCUGGAAGGCACACCAAUUUACGAGCGUCAGCUUUCUGGUGACAGUCCCCAUUCAUUGAAUGCAGACUCCUUUUCCAUGACCUCCAGCAUAAUGAGUGGCAGCAUUGAUCAUUUGAGCACUGGAUCUCCAGAUCAGGAAAGCAUGUUCAGUAUGGAGUCCCAUACGAUCUUGCAAGAAGAUAAUGGUUCAGAAACUUUCAGUGUCCUACAGUCUCCUGAGUCAGCAACUGUACUAAUUAAUGAAGAAAAUGGAGAGGUAGUUGAUUUGCAGAAACUUCCAAACAGUGACAGUGGCAUGGGUACUUCAGCUAUUAUAGAUACUUUGACAUCUGCAUCUCCUCUGAUCCUCACAGAAGACUUGACAAGCAGUAUUGAUGGUGAAUAUAAUGGUAGUGUGGUUUCUGCAAGCAAAGAAUGCUGUCCUGGAAAGCUGAGCCAAGAGGAGGAGCAGGAUUUUCCUAUGUUGUGUAAAAUAGAUGAAGAUUUGGAUAAAAUGAAGCUGCAGGAUACUGAAAAGUCUUUUGAAGGGCCAGACCUUACAGACCAGACGUUUUUGGAAUGUGACCAUACAUUUGGUGUUCAGACAUCACUGACACCAAAGGAAAGUGAUGAAAUUGGUAGGGAAGACCAGCAGGAGCUCUCCCUAAUCCACAGCACUCUGUCAGACCCUUCUGCGCUCCGCUUUGACAUCUCUAACGAUGUUUGUUCGGAUAACGCUUCCAUUUCUGGAUGGAAUUUUGAAAGUGCAAUCAAAGCUAAAUCUAGUGCUAGCACUGCUGAAUGGGUAGCAGACACUCAUGAAAGUAAGACUGAGAAAUCUGCCUCAAGUGAUGAAGAGGAUAUUUAUGGCCAUGGAUUACCGUAUUCAUCCUCGGAGACCAGCAUGCCUGAAGCUGGUGCUGUGCCUGGCUCACAGGAUGUGGCCAAGAUAAGCGCCGAUGAAAUGGUGCUGUUAAAAUCUGAUCAGUUUGCAGAGAGCUGGAUGGGGUACUCUGGCCCUGGUUAUGGCAUCCUGAGCCUGGUUGUUUCAGAAAAGUACAUUUGGUGCCUGGACUACCGAGGCAGCCUGUACUGCAGUGCCCUUCCUGCGGCCGGGCUGCGCUGGCAGAAGUUUGAGGAUGGAGUCCAGCAAGUGGCAGUGUCCCCGUCAGGGGCUCUUCUCUGGAAGAUUGAGCAGAAGACUAACAAAGCCUUUGCUUGUGGAAAAGUAACUAUAAAAGGAAAACGCCACUGGUAUGAGGCUUUACCCCAGGCUGUAUUUGUAGCUUUAAGUGAUGACACCGCCUGGAUUAUCAGAACAAAUGGAGAUCUGUAUCUGCAAACAGGCCUGAGUGUGGAUCGUCCUUGUGCCCGAGCAGUAAAGGUUGACUGCCCUUAUCCACUGUCACAGGUUACAUCCAGAAAUAAUGUAGUGUGGGCCCUGAGUGAGCAGCGGGCCCUGCUGUACCGGGAGGGAGUGCGCAGCUUCUGUCCUGAGGGAGAGCAGUGGAAGAGUGAUAUUGUCAGUGAAAUGCAAGCUUUGGAACCAGUGUGCAUAACCCUUGGAGAUCAGCAGACAUUAUGGGCUUUGGAUAUCCAUGGCAAUCUCUGGUUCAGAACUGGUAUAGUUUCAAAGAAACCACAAGGAGAUGAUAACCAUUGGUGGCAAGUGAGCAUCACUGAUUACGUAGUGUUUGACCAGUGCAGCCUGUUCCAGACAAUAAUCCAGGCAACUCAUACAGUGGCAACAGCAGCUCAGGCACCUGUGGAGAAGGUGGCUGAUAAGCUUCGAAUGGCAUUUUGGUCACAGCAGCUUCAGUGUCAGCCCAGCCUCCUCGGAGUUAAUGGCAGUGGAGUCUGGAUCUCUUCAGGCAAAAAUGAAUUCCAUGUAGCAAAAGGAAACUUAAUAGGCACUUAUUGGAAUAAUAUUGUGCCUCGUGGUACUGCUUCUGCCACAAAGUGGAUUUUUGUGUUGGCUUCCACAGCUUCAUCUAAAGAAGGAAGCUUUCUGUGGCUGUGCCAAAGCAACAAGGAUCUGUUUUGUGUCAGUGAUCAGAAUCCUCAGUUUCGUCCUUCUACAGUCCAGCUGCCACCGGAGGCCGAGAUGGUGCACUACUCUGCCUGCCAGGAUGCCAUUUGGGGUUUGGAUAGUCUUGGGCAGAUAUUUAUCAGAACACUUUCAUCCAGCUGCCCAACAGGGAUGCAUUGGACAAAACUGGAUCUCACCCAACUAGGUGCUGUAAAGCUGAUCAGCUUGACCUGUGGAAAUCAGCAUGUUUGGGCCUGUGACACCAAUGGUGGCAUUUAUUUCCGUGUAGGAACUCAACCUCUUAACCCAAGUUUGAUGCUUCCUGCGUGGAUAAUGAUUGAGCCACCUAUACAGCCAGUAGGAAUCAACUUGGUCAGCAUUCAUUCAAGUCCAAAUGAUCAGAUGUUGUGGGCAAUUGAUAGCAAAUGGAAUGUCCAUGUGCGAGUUGGAAUUACAGAUGAAAUGCCUGUAGGCACGGACUGGGAACAUGUACCAGGUUUGCAGGCUUGCCAGCUGGCCAUAAGUACAAGGACCGUUUGGGCACGGUGUCCCAAUGGAGAUGUAGCUCGUCGGUACGGCAUUACUGACAAGAAUCCUGCAGGAGACUACUGGAAGAAGAUUCCUGGAAAUGUCUCACGCUUAACAGUGACCCCUCUAGAUGAACUGUGGGCAAUCAGUACCUCAGGAUCCCUGCUCCAGCGCCUCACUAAGACCUUUAGCCAUUCCCAUAGUUUGCAGAAAAAUAAUGACACUUCUGUUCUGCUUCACCCUGAUGAUUUUGAAGAUGAAUGGGAAGUGAUAUGAAGUCUCUCAAGCUCGUGAAGCAGUGGAAAAAAACAGGACAGAAUUUCUGUGAUGUAUGUACAGAAUAUUGGAUCUAAAAGCCACUCAUAUUGGACCUGUGAUAUUAGCACUUUUGUAUUGAAAAACUGACCUGUUAAAUAGCC